AUCGCCGGAAGGCAGCGAACCCGCUUCCUGUUGUCGCCCGCUCUGUUUCCGGUGUGGCUGUCCGCGUCUCCACGAUGACCAAACUGCAGCUCCUGAACGCCUACCUGACGGAGCGGCUGGCCGUGGUGGUGAAGGACAUCCUGGGCGUGGUGCAGGACGCGGUGAGCGAGUACCGGGAGGAGAGCGCCCGCACCCAGCGGGAGAACGAGAGCCUCCGGAGGCAGCUGCGGGACAUCCUGCUGCUGGAGGCCGAGACGGAGUGGCUGAGGUCGACCCGGUCCAGUCUCGGUUUUGCGUCUCCGGAGCAGCAGCCCCGCACCGAGGAACCGAGGCCCCGCACCGAGGAGCCGAGGCCCCGCACCGAGGAGCCCAACUCCCCCCAGAACCGGCCCAGACAGCCGGCGGCCGACUCGCCCGAGCUGACCCACGAGCAGCUGGUUUCUGUGCAGCUCUACUCGGGGGACCAGACGCCGUCGGAGGCCUGGGAGCCCGCCCUGAAGCCGGACCCUCAGAGGGGGUCUCCUCUUCCUUCGCACUCUUCCCUGAGUCCUCCGUGUGCGACCUUGGUUCCUCAAAUCUACGUUGAGGUCCCCGCCCCCGUAGAGGAGCCCCGGGGCCCGGGGCUGAUCAAAAGCGAACCCGAGGAACUCAAAGUGAGCGAAGGUCAGACAGACUCUCUGACUUGCGUGUCACGGGAACCGUCGGCUGUCAGGAACAGGGCGGCGUUGCGCGCAGACCGCCGAGAAGUUUACCGGCACCGGAAGAGUCCAGAGAAGGUCGUGCCGGCGGACGAUGCGCCGGCAGGAGACCCGGCGCCAGCGGGCGGUUGUGUCGUCCCCGAGCUCGUCCACCGCUGCCCCCGCUGCGGCGAGGCGUUCGGUCACGCCGGCGGCCUCCGCCUCCACCUGGAGCUGAAGAGGAAGACCUACGCCUGCGACUGGUGCUGCAAGUCCUUCGCGCAGUCGGCGGACCUGCGGCGCCACCUGCGCACGCACACGGGCGAGCGGCCGCACCGCUGCACCUUCUGCUCCAAGAGCUUCAGCCAGAGGGGGAACCUGCGGCGCCACCUGCGCAUCCACACGGGCGAGCGCCCGUACAGCUGCCCGUACUGCUGCCGCACCUUCAGCGACGGCGACACCAUGAAGAAACACAAGCGCACCCAUUCGGGGGAGAAACCGUACCGAUGCGCCCGCUGCUCCAAGAGCUUCGGCAGCGCCGGCAGCCUGCAGAUACACUUCAAGAGGGACAUGUGCUUCGUGGCGAACGCCUAGAUUGGCUCCGGAGGGCGAGAGGCCGCCGGACGGGGAAGUGAGCGCCGCUGGGCGAGAGGUAUCGAUCCGGAUCAAUAAACCUGGACAGAGAAAACGGCUCGUUGCUCUCCGCUGUUGGCGGCGUCAUGGAAAGCGUAAAGUUAGCCCUGUUAGCACUGUUAGCUUCUAGUUGCCGGCUCAGUGGGCGCCAUGUUGAGAGCCGUGUGGAGGCAAUAGAUUUUAGCACCUUUUGACCUAAAGGGGCAGUGUGAAAGAUUUGGUGGCAUCGAGUACCUGGAGCUUCUCUGAUCAAUACUCUGAAUCAUUGCUUUUAAAACAUAUAGAAUUUGAAAAAACAGAUGUGUUCCUCGGUGGAGCAGCUGUUUCUAUGACAACGAUGAUCUCUGUCGGAGUGUGUGUGUGUGUGUGUGGGGGGGGGGGGGUUAGGGUUAGGGGGGUUGAGGUUGAAAGAGCUCAUCGCUGCAUGAGUAAAUUACACUAAAACAUAAAAAUGUAUUAAUAUACAUAAACAGCAGUGUUGUCGGCUAAUCAAUACUCGAGUUUCAGGUGAUUUACACUGAAUAUUAUAUUCAAGUACUCCCCUAAAUGUUACACACUGUUCCUUUUAAAAUACUACACAUGCAGAUGAGUACAAGUACCUCAAAGUUGUAUGAAAGUGUAGUACUCGUAGUAUUUCUGUUGAUCUCUCGCUGGCGUUGCUAACGGCGACGACCACAGGAAGUAGUUUAUAGAUUAUUUAUCUAUUUAUUUAUUUACUAACUAGUGGAGACAAACCCGGUCGGCUCUCCUCCUUUCUCUGUUGUGUGCCUCCUUGCCUCCUCUCCUUGUCUCCUCUCAGCGCUAUAAGGACGUCUCGGUUCCUAAAAUACAUCUGGAGGAGGGAGGAGACAAGGAAAGGAGUGAAGAGUGACAAAAAAUGAGACGAGGAGACUCUUCUUUUCUCUAUUGCGUGCCUCCUCAUCUCCUCUCCUUGUCUUAUCUCCUCGUCUCCUCUCGGUACCUAAAAAGCGGUCAUGUGACUCGUCAUUGAUCGUUGAUCUGAAAGUUAUACAAAUAUAUAAGUUGAUCAUAAAUCAUCUCAUCUGUUAACGUCCUGUUUCCUUGACUCAUCGCCUCUUAGGAGGCGAGGAAAGGAAAGGAGGAUGCACAGCCUGAGGAGAGGAGCCCGGUGAGUCCAGAGGUUCCGGUAUGUUCUCUGCGGUAGAACCGCGGCUGAGGAUGUUUCCACUGAUGCAUGAUGGGAAACGAUGAUCAGUGUUUUGUAUCGAUGUGAAACAUCCUGUUUGUUUGUUUUUUAGACAAAAUAAAUGUUCAGUGAAAAUGUU